CAACAAAACAAUUCGCCUGCGCGUUGUUUCCGGGUGAUGGACGCGCUGGUGCGGCCCGGUCGGUGCGCGUUGCUGGAAUAAAAAACGCUCCGAUGCGCGGUAUACGACGAAUUCAUAAACAUCAAUCGGACGCGUUUGUAAACAACUUUGUCGUGUUCGGGGUGUAGUGAAAUUCGUCUGUUUACGAAAACCGCUGAUUAGAAACGAUCGCUUUAUGCUGAUUGUGCGUUGUUUGUUAGUGGCGUGUACAUAACCUUAAACUUGACGUUUGUGUACAAGCAGCGGGUGAAGAACCAGUUGGAUUUCGAUGAGAUACCAGUGAAUAUUCAUGAGAGGUGGAAGAGUGGCAAGUGUUUUUUAAACAGGAAUAACAACAGUUAUUUAUUAAUGUUGAAAUAUUAAUUACAAGACAGAAGGUAACAUUUCUUGUGCGAAAAUUAUAGAAACAGGUAAAUGCUCAGGCGCAGUGCGUGAAAAGUGAUUUGUUUGUUGACAACGCUCAUUUGUUAAAUGUUUUACUUCUUGUGACAUUUGUUUACGCUGAGAGUUGACGCCGCGGAAGAAACAAUGACCAAAACGUAGUUUUGGACCGUCGAGAGUGCACGAAGAUGUCCGAUAAUUUCAUUGACAAAAAUAACGCGAAUUUAACGAGACACGCAGCGCAGUUGGCUGAGUUCGGCGGCAAGCGGCUGACCGAGUUGUUGCCGGACGGCGGCAUCGCGCGAGUGAGCGAUGAUGAAAUUCAGAUCCAGUGCGAUCACAUGUACGCGACGCAUCGCGAGCACCGCGGCGAACCGAACGGUCUGCGACCAGCAGCAGCGGCAAUAGGCGGCGGCGGCGGGGGCGCUGGGGCCGACGACGGCGCGCGCGACGCAACGACGCAACCACCUUGCCAACAGCAGGAGCAGGAGCAGCGGCCGAGCGCCGAAAGUGAGGUUAACUUCAUCAAAGACUUCUUGUUGAUCCAUCUCGAUCUCAUCCAGCAGCAGAACGACGAGAUUGUCAACAAGGACAACACUAUCUUCUUGCUACAGCAGGAAAAUCAACAGUUACGUGAAGAGAAAAAACUCUUAGAAUCGCAAUUAGCGGCGCGUGUGGCGGCUGCUAAUGAACAAGCAGCAGUAGUCGACGCGAAUUCAGCGCUAAACGAAGAUAUGAUCAUUGAUUCGACGACAAUUGUAGUUGAACAAAUUGAGCAAGCACCCAUUUUGCGGCCAGCGUCCAAUUUGCCGGUGGCUGUCGGAAUACCCGAGGAAGAAUCCAUCGAAACCAGCGAGCACAUUGAGGUAGCGCCCGCUGAACCCGACCAGCAGGAAUUGCAGUUGCCGAUUGUGGCAACCAUCAAAGCGGAGCUGCCCGAGUCGGACUGCAACGAUUAUUCAAACAGCAGCUAUACAAUUCAUUCGAGCGGCAGCGACCAGAUGAAAAAUCUCAAGAUGAGCAUACGACGCAAGCGGUUGUGCUCCAAUACGUCGACAUUGAGCAACAAUGGCUCGACAUCCGCAUCGGAAGAGAAGAAACUUUUUCGGCAUCAGACGCGCAAGAAACGCAAGCGGGUAAAAAACGAUGAAGUACUCACACAUCCUGAAGAGUUUAUUACUCAAGCGGGCGAACAUGUGAUGGAUAUAGUUAGGCGGCAGGAAUUGGCUGAAGAGGUUGCCAAGGCUGCAAACAGCGCAAGUUUAGAGGUUCCCAGAUGGCGUGGUAAAGUUUACACCAGUUGUUACUCACUAGAGGGCACUGAGAACCUCGACGAUGAAGUUUUCUUACGGCGGCAUUCGCGAAUGGAGAACGAUGAGAAACGACGAAAGCGCUGGGAUUUUCAACGAAUACGCGAACAACGCGUGAUUGAAAAGCUCAAACAGCGGCAGGAUAAAAUAGACUCGAAUAACAAGUCGUCACCGAUCGAACCGGAACCAGAGCCGAUUUCGUCUCUCUGGCCGUCGAUGGAAGACGUUAAAUUUAUAGAAAUCUGUGAGGAUCUUCCAGUGGCAGCUUUCGGUGCGCCUGUGCCGAAAAUACAACCUAGUGAAUUCAGUCUUCCUUGGCUGUCAAACUUAAGUUUAAAAAAACCAAUGCGACGGUCGGGGACGAUUACGAGACGAAGACGGCGAAGUAGUAAGCGAUAGGUUAGAUUUUAAGUAAAUUCGGAGCGUGAAUGAGAGAAAAAUGAUAAAGUACCGCUGUAAAAUGUCAAAACUUAGCAAUCUCUAACGAUACAAAUAGUUUUUUGUUUAUUUAAACAAUAUAAAGUAUGAUCAAUUUAAUUUAUAGCGGAUUUGAUAUGUAUAUUUUAGAGUUUAUUAAUUUAUCGAGGCAAAAUUGCGUCUUUUUUGUAUUAGUAACUUGCAGCUUUAUUGAGCCAAUAGAAUUUCAAUACUUAACACGUUAGUUACAAACAAAAAGAUGUAUGAUAGCAUUCAAUCUCAAUGUAUUACAUUACUCUAUAAGUUGUAGGCUACGACGACCCUUAAAUGUAUUGCAAUCAUAGUUUAUUUUUUAUGUUUGAAUUAGAUUUCGGCAAUAUGUUAAUACAUGAUGAAUUGCUGGUAAGAUUUUUGGAAGGAAGCGAGGAGUUACGUCUCUUUUUUUAACUAGUCAAGUAUAUUUUUCGAAAGUUUUUAUGGUUGGUCUCAGUAUUAUAUGCAUUCCGAUUAUGAUUCAGUAAUUAAUUAAUUACAAGUAAUUUUCAUUAAGAUAUUGUCGAACAUGAUCAUUGUUUCUAUUUUUUAUUUGUCAAGAGUUGAUUUUAUUUCGGUAGUGAGUUUAUUAAUUUUAAGAAACUUGUGAUUAUAUAUUUUAAGUGUAUUGAACAAAUAAGACAACACAUAAGCUGGAAUCUACUCAUGUUCCACGUGUAGAGAUUAUUGUACAUAAUACGGAAAGUGUUUAGAAUCUGUAAGUUUUUAUGGAAGGCUUAGUAUCUAUUAACGGCGGCAGCUUAGGAUGAAGUUUUAGCAGAGACAAUUAACAAUUGGUACAUCGAAUUCAUUAAAAACAAAAUGGUACAUGUAUUGCAUUGCUGGGACUUCCAUAAAAGUACACAAAUGAUAAAUAAAACAUGACAUGCAUA